UCUCAUUCCUUAUCUUCAUCUUCUUCAGUCUUACUACUCUCUUACUCUCCAAUGGCGGACCCAAAAGAAGUUAACUCAAACAGUUCAGAAAAUGAGCUAAUCCCAGAAGAGGAAUCCGACAAAGAAGAAGAAGAUGAAGAAGAAGAAGAAGAGGAAGAAGAAGAAGAAGAAGAAAUUGAAGAAGAACCUUCUUCGCCUUCUGAAUCGGACGAUUCUUCUGAUUCUGAGUCGGAAACUGAAGAGGGGUUUCGACCAAUUACUCGUUCGGGUGAGCCGAACAUAGAUGACGAAGAAAAUGUUACUCCAGAAGAAAAUGUGAAGCGUUUCAUGAGAAUCCUCAAUUCGAAAAGCAGGAACAGGGAAUUAGAUGAGGAGGAAAAAGGGUAUACGUAUCAUGAAGACUUGUUUGAUUUUCCUUAUGACCCGGAAAAUUGGAGGGAAGAGGAUUUGAAAGAGCUAUGGGGAGAUGCUCCGAUUGAGAUGACGAAACCCGGUUGGGACCCGAAUUGGGUUGAUGAAGAGGAAGAUGAUAUCAUUGCAGAAGAGACUAAAGCGGGUCGAGACCCACCAAUUGCCCCGUUUUAUGUACCGUAUAGGAAGCCGUAUCCUGUGAUACCGGAUAAUAAUUAUGAUAUUUCCAAUCCCAAAUCUGUGAUUGAAGAGCUUGAUAGGAUUGAGGAGUUCUUGAAAUGGGUUAGCUACAUUUUUGUUGAUGGUAGCACGUAUGAAGGCACUGUUUGGGAUGACUUGGCACAUGGAAAAGGUGUUUAUGUCGCUGAGCAAGGGCUGGUCAGGUAUGAAGGUGAAUGGCUUCAAAACAACAUGGAAGGUCAUGGAGUUGUUGAGGUUGAGAUACCCCACAUAGAACCCAUCCCAGGAUCCAAACUUGAAGCCAAGAUGAGAGCUGAAGGCAAGAUUAUAAAGAGAGACUUUAUGUCCCCAGAAGACAGAGAAUGGCUGGAGAAGGAUAUUGAAGAUACUCUAGAGCUAACAAACGGAAGUUAUGAAAUUCCUUUCUAUGAGAAUGAUGAAUGGAUCAGGCAAUUCGGCAAGAAACCGGAGAAGGGGCGAUAUCGCUAUGCUGGCCAAUGGAAGCAUGGAAGAAUGCAUGGUUGCGGUUUAUAUGAAGUUAAUGAACGCACAAUAUAUGGUCGUUUUUAUUUUGGAGAACAUGUAGCAGAGGAUACUUAUGGAUGUGAUGCAGAAAUUUCAGCGAUGCAUGCAGGUAUAGCAGAAGUUGCAGCUGCUAAGGCCCGGAUGUUUAUUAACAAGCCUGAUGGAAUGGUGAGAGAAGAGAGAGGCCCCUAUAGUGAUCCUCAACAUCCAUAUUUAUAUGAAGAAGAUGAUGUGUGGAUGGCACCAGGUUUCAUCAACCAGUUUUAUGAAGUUCCGGAUUAUUGGAAAGCAUAUACACAUGACGUGGAUGAAGAGAGAGAAAUGUGGUUGAACUCAUUUUACAAAGCUCCUUUACGAUUGCCUAUGCCUGCAGAGCUUGAACAUUGGUGGUCCAAAGAUGAAAAGCCGGAGUUUAUUUUACUUAACAAGGAACCUGAGCCUGAUCCUGAAGAUCCUUCUAAACUCGUCUAUACUGAAGAUCCUGUCAUCCUGCACACUCCGACUGGAAGGAUUAUCAACUAUGUGGAAGAUGAGGAACAUGGGUUACGAUUGUUUUGGCAACCUCCUGUAAAAGAGGGUGAAGAUGUCGAUCCUGAUAAAGUUGAAUUCCUCCCCCUAGGAUUUGACGAGUUUUAUGGACGAGGUGGGACUGUCAAAUCAGAUAGUGUGUGGAAACGGUUUGUUACCUCAGUGGAAAAUGCAUGCAAACCGAUGUUUGACAAACUUGAGAAAUGGACUGAAGAGAAGAAGAAAGCAGGUGAGAUGAAGAUAGAGCUGUUGAAAAAAGAGUUAGAAUUAGCAGAAGCAGAAUUGUCUCUAAAGGAAGCGUUGGAAGACAUGGAUGAUGAAUUAAAAAGAAUGCAAGAAGAGGAGGAAAAGAAAGUUGCAAUGGGAACCCAAGAAGAAGAUGAUAUUGUACCUUCUGAAUCAACAGAUGAACUUGAGAAAACUUGGGCGGAAAAGAAGGAAGAUGAGGACGAGGACGAGGACGAGGAAGACGAAGAGGAGGUUACUGCAUCAAGUUUUGGAUCUGCUGACAAUCAAAGCUCAGCUAAAAGUGACAAGAAGGAUAACAGAUCUGGAAAGGCUCCGUUUGGAGCAUCCUCUUUGUCAUUUGCUGCCUGUACCUUGGUUCCCACUGUGCCACCUAAGCUACAGCAUACAUUUACGGCUUGGAAGGGAAAAUUGAGUCCUAAACCGUCAUCUCCAUUGUCCAACGCUCCAUCUGAUGUCCAUGAAUUUCCAAAGGAGCAACAGACUCCAGGCUCAAUUAGCUUCCCUUAUGCUGUUGCACAAAAUGGAAGAUUAAGAGCUGUUAGUCAAGCACAGAUGCCAGAGAAGUAUAUCAGCAAGUCGCGUAUCAGAAAACGCUCAAAGCAGAAAACGUCUUCACAAAUUCAAGGAUAUCAACAAGAGCUUUGCUUCAACAUAUUAUCACUACACACACCAUUGCCUUUGUAGUGAAGCUAGGUUUUUCCUUCCCCUUCCUCAACCUCUCAUUAAUCUAUGAACAACUUUGAUCAAUUUUGCAGUGCAGCGGCGAAUUGUUUGAUUCGAGCUAGGCAUAUCCAUGUCAUACAUUUUUUACACCAUGGGGUUGGUGAUUGUAACAUGGAAUUGUUCCUCUUUCUUUCAUAUGUAACAUGUAUUGUUCUCAUCACUUCUUCUUA